CAUGAGAUGAAACUGUGUGGCUAUUAUUGUAACCCAUUGUGUGAAGGUGUGUGACUACCCGGACCCACAGAAAGUCCCUCCCUAUACAUGUACUUGUUUACGGAAUUGGCAGACAGAAUAUGAUACAUCUAGGGUGAGAACGUGCAAUAGAAUGUGUGAAGGUAUUGGAUCAAGUUGUGAAUAAUUACUCUUAGCCCUUUGUGUAGUAGGACUAUAUGACACCGGUUGAUUCGAACUCAAUACAUCAGAGAGAUACCGACAACUCGCCCCACAUUGCCACUGCGACCGUGAGCAUCGAAAGGAUGCGGAAGUAAAAUAAUCGAGAAAUCUCCUUUGAGGGAAGACAGAGGUGCGUUCCAAAUCGAAAUGGCCGGCAGUGGGUUGCAGGUGUCGACCCGUGGACCACCGCCCGGGUUGGCCUUCAACCUAGACGAGUGGGUACCGUGUGAGGUGUACCUGGGCUGCACCGAAGAGAGAGAGACAGACACGGCCACCAGUGCCGACUUGGCUCGGGUGAUCGCCAAGCUACAUCGACGCCAUGAACGUGACCAUGGAACGGUUCUGGGGCAGUCAUCUGCAGCAACAGAGGUGUAUGUCAAGGUUAUACCUCUUGGAUUUAUUCUGAGGGUCAUCCCAUCCUCCCGAGACAACCAGGAGACCAAUAGCCCGCAAGAGGGUAUCAGAGAAUUCUUCGAGACAGUCCGCAUAGCAAGAUGCUCCGCCAACCACGAGCCGUGCAAUCGCGCUCUUAUCUGGGUGUACAACCGCCGCUCCCUCGAUGGCGGGACGGCUGGGUCAGACGGACGGGUGGAGUGUCACGGCGUAGUGUGCCGGGACUUAAGGGACGCCACCCGACUGGCUAACACGCUUGCCGCGGCCUUCUACGAGAUGCGACAGCAGCCUGUGUCAAUCGGUAACGCCUUUGGCGCUGUGGGCGGCGCGGUCAGCAUGUCAGGGGUCAUGCAGAGUGUGCCAGGGGAGCUCCCUCCGGCUUACACGCCCGCGGCUACCGGCGGUGAAGUCGCUGUGACAGAGCCCCGGUCCAGACGGGCCAGAAGCCGUGGAGGCAGGCAGAUGCGAGUCCUGGAAGUCGUUACAAUGCACCAAGGAGAGGACAUCGAGGAAGGUUCCCAACUGGAUCUGAGCCCCAGGUCAACUGGUUCCAUGAGCCCAAGGGAUGUCUCAUCCCCACCAAAUGCCGCCGGCACUACGCGGAACUCCACCGUGUCUCUGCACUCUGCCGUGGCCAUCUCCGAGGUCAGGUCUCCAAGAGGCCAACGGUACGGAGGCAUGCCAGACGUGGCAGCUGACCCCUGGGGAAACCCUGUCGGAUAGACCCUAAAAUAUAGGCAGGAGUGUUAGCCUCAGCUUAAUGAGUUGCUUAUAAUACUAAUAGAAGACAAAAAUUGCUUAGAAUAUGGUGGGACCAGAUCGCACGAGCUGAGUCUUAUUUUGUAAUAUCCAGUAGAAAAGGCGUACUCUGCACUUCAGUUUGAUGUAUCAGUCAUUUUGAUGUCUUCAGAUGCGCAUAUAAUUAUUAUGUGGGUGAAAACGCUGACAUUUUGUAUGGGUUUCCAGUGUGCAAGACUUGUAAAAACGUCUAUUCCACAAAAGUAGUCCGGGCGGUUUGUGACGCAUUUGUUCACGCACGUGAUUCAUCCAUAAUUAGCUGUUUCGGUGUACACACCGAAACAGCUCUUGUUUUCGUUAAGAUUUUUUUUUCUUUUUUUUGAAACUUGGCACAGAGUCAGAACCCACAGUGAACUCGUGCAUGGGAAAAGUGACGUCAUCAUGACGUCAUCAUGGGCCACGUGACGUCAUCUGAAAUGUGCAAACUCUAGGA